AUGGACAUGCCAAAUAUACCACAAACAUAUUCCUCUGAAAGGCUCAUCUAUAGAGCUUUGGAGAACAAUGAACAGGAUACAGCAUAUAUCUUCAAGUUUCACGAAAAUGACCCCUUCAACACAGCUCUGGCAGAUCACUCCCUGCUCCGCCCACGAAACAAGAAGAGCUCAGAAGAACUCAUAUCCGGAAUCCAGAAGUGCGCUCUGUCAGUGAUGGUCUGCCUAUCACCGUCAGAAGCAAAAGCUCAAGGGAUUGAGUCCUCUGAUCUAGUGCCCAUCGGCUUUGCCAUCUUGGGCUGGGGGGGCAUCCCAGCUGGUCGCGAGCACCACAGACGUACAUCGCUGGGUAUCACACUCAGUGAACCAUAUCUUAACAAGGGAUAUGGAAGUGAAACUAUCAAUUGGCUUCUUGAUUGGGCUUUCAGGUUUGGGGGCUAUCAUCGAGUGGGGUUGAGUACGGUUGGGUUUAAUACGCGAGCCCAGCAUGUUUACACCAAGUUGGGAUUUAAGGAAGAGGGAAGGGAGAGGGAGACUUUUUAUAUGGAUCGGAAGUGGUAUGAUAUGAUCAACUAUGGCAUGUUAGAACAGGAGUGGGUCGCUUUAAGAGGGAUUGAGUAA